GAACAUGUUAAAUUUUUGUGACUGUCAGAAUGAUUUUUUUUCUAAACUUCCAUUUCCGAACAUUACCACAAUUUCGAAGGAAUUAUUACUUAUCUAAAAAGUAUGAUUUUUCCCUGCAGUCUGGGAACAGUUCAAAUAUAUUUCAAGUUUCUCUGCGUUUACUUCUAGAUCAACUGCCUUAUUAGCACUUCUGUACUUUUCUUGAUGAUAUCUAUGUUCUUGCCCAAUAAAUCAGAAGUUUCCUCGGGCCAACAGCCCCAUGAAUAUAGUUACAAUCCAACGUUCCGAAGAGAGUUUUCAUCAUCAGAGUUGUUCAUGAUUUGUAUGCAAAGGGCUCAAUCAUCGCCUUGGUGAUGGAGAUAGCAAGCACCUCCGAAACGUCUGUAAAUGUCCUCGGACGCGGCGCAACAUCCGACAAAUCACAGACUGCAUACGUUGAAGUCGAUCAACAAGCGCACUGUGCGCAGCUACGUGUUAUUAUUUCGCCAAACGUUGGUAGCGCAGAUACUCAGCUUGUAUGUUGGUUGUAAUGUGUAAAUAGUAGUUGAUUUCUAACCCCGGUGUAAAUAGGUUGGGGAAGUUGUUUACGUUCUUGUGUUUAGGCUGAAGAAACGACAAGAAGAUGGCUGAUCAGAAUUUGAUGGAUAAGUCAUUACGAUCAGUUUUUGUGGGCAAUAUUCCUUAUGAAGCAACAGAAGAGAAGUUGAAGGAUAUAUUUAGUGAAGUUGGGCCAGUGCUGUCAUUCAAAUUAGUGUAUGAUCGUGAAACUGGCAAACCCAAGGGCUAUGGUUUUUGCGAGUACAAAGACCAGGAGACAGCAUUGAGUGCAAUGCGAAACCUGAACGGUUAUGAAAUUGGUGGACGAACACUACGUGUAGACAAUGCCUGCACAGAAAAGUCCCGCAUGGAAAUGCAAAGCUUGCUACAGGGACCAGUUGUGGAGAACCCAUACGGAGAAGCAGUGCAAGCUGACAAAGCGCCCGAGGCAAUCAGCAAAGCUGUGGCCUCACUGCCACCAGAACAGAUGUUUGAACUCAUGAAACAAAUGAAAUUGUGUGUUCAGAAUAAUCCCAGCGAAGCUCGUGCCAUGUUGUUGCAGAAUCCACAGCUUGCAUAUGCUCUGUUACAGGCACAGGUUGUCAUGAGGAUUGUGGAUCCCCAUACCGCUGUGAAUAUGCUACAUAAAGCUAAUCCAAUACCAACUCCUCUGCUACCGGCAGAAAAACCACCUGUACAAAUUCAGGUGCCGGUACUGCCACCAGCUCCUGUGCCAGCUCCUGCAGUUGCCGUUGUCACGCCGCGUGAUGAGGGAUGGGCAGGACCCGGCCCAGUACCGGGAGCUCCGAGAACAGGCCCUGUCCCUCCUGUGGCACAAAACCAAACUCCUUCAUUCGUGGCAUCCGAUGUGGACUUACGACCGGUGGAUCCACGUCUGUCUCGUAUGGGCGACCAAGAUCUGAGAGUCCCACCAGCUCCUCCAGUACCUGCCCCUCAGGCUCCUGCACGAGACCCAAGGGAGAAUUUUGUCCCUGAACACCUGCAACUUGUGGAUUCAUCUGAAAGCUUUCCCCGUGAUCCUCGAGUGGGAGUGGCAGAUCGGUUUUUGCCACGUGAUCCAAGGGAGAGAGUUGAUCCUCGAACUGGUGCUGCCCCCUUGCCAGUAGUGGCUCCUCGCCCACCGCAGCCUGGAGUUCCUGGUGCACUAGGUCCGCGUCCUGCAGGUGGUCCAACCGUGUCCCCAAUAAGUGCUGGUGCUUCUGAUCAAGAAAAGGCUGCACUCAUCAUGCAAGUCUUGCAGUUAUCAGAUGAACAGAUUGCAAUGCUACCACCUGAACAACGUCAGAGUAUCCUUGUCCUGAAAGAACAAAUUGCCAAGAGCACGCAGCGUUAAUACGUAACAGAAAAAUAUUUUGUUGCAUGUUCAAAACUGAUCUUAGCCCUUGUACUUUCAAUGCUUUGUGUGACAUAAUAAUUAAAAAUUAACAAAGAAUGAAAUAAAACCUAUUAAUUUAAUCAUGACACAAAGUUUGUCAAUGAAAUUUUUAGGGCACAAACAGAAAUAAUCUGGAAUUAUGUGUAACUUAACAUGAAAUUAACAUUAUCAAAAUUCAGUAAGAUUAAUUUGUGGUAUUUUUCCUGCUGCCCCCUAUUGUACUUUUAAUUCUGUGGUGUUCGGUCAAAACCUCAUUACUGAAAAAUGGCCAUUUUGAGACAAGUAUGAGUAUUGACUGAAUCUUGGUUGCUCUUUCAUUUGUGUAAUACAAAUAUCUGAUUUGUCAUAAUCACUGAAACUUUAAAAAUACUCCUGGAAAGUUGUAAUUUUGCAGUUAUUAUGUUUUGGCCAAAUACCACAUAAAUGCGUCACACUUUAGCAAAACAUGGAGUUGAAUGAUGUGUGAUGGGGCAGUGGUACACAUCUCUUCAUUUUUAACUUUACAGAAAUGCAAAAAGUAUAAGGUAGUGCACUACAGGGCACACUUCUUCUCCUCUUCUGCUAUGAGCAGGCCUGCAUCCACUAGAGGCUGCAGUAUUAAUGCAGAUCCAUCAAUUGUGAACAAUUCCACUUCUAAUGAUGGCUGUCGAGUCUACAAAAAGAAAAAAGUGGAUACUUUUUACUGUGCAGAUGUGUUGCAUGCAAAAUUUUGACUCCUCUUUCCUGAUAACGAAUGGUCUGCUUUGGACAAGAGUUGGCAAUUAUUUUUACAUGGAAGGCCAGAUGGUGCUAUUUUUAAGUGACCAUGGGGCCUCACAAGAAAAGUACUGUACUUAAAAACUGCAUUAAUAAUAAAUACUAUGGACAAGAUAUCCUGAACUCA